ACGGAAGCUGGGCUAUUGCUCCCAGUCUAAAGGCAGUGGAGACUGAGACGGGAAGGAGGUGGAGGAAGCUCUAGGGAGAGAAAAACGAAAGGAAUUUCUGAUGCCGCCUAUCUUCCAAUUUAUUAAAGCUGUUAUGUUUAUGGAGACAAAUGCCAUCUUUCCUGUCCUGUGAAGUAUGUGAUGAGGAGUAAUAUUUGGCUUCCCAGUGCUCUGAACCUGUGGAAUCUACAAGGUCUCAGAGCACAACUCUGUGCCAAUAGCAUAAGCCCAGAAUACAAUGAACAAAUUGAACUUCCAUAAUAAUAGAGUCAUGCAAGACCGCAGAAGUGUUUGUAUUUUUCUGCCCAAUGAUGAGUCCCUGAAUAUCAUCAUAAAUGUUAAAGUACUCUGUCAUCAGUUACUUGUACAGGUCUGUGAUUUGUUGAGGCUAAAAGAUUGCCAUCUCUUUGGACUCAGUGUCAUACAGAAUAAUGAACAUGUUUACAUGGAGUUAUCACAAAAACUUUAUAAAUACUGUCCAAAAGAAUGGAAGAAAGAAGCCAGCAAGGGUAUUGACCAGUUUGGUCCUCCAAUGAUCAUUCACUUUCGGGUGCAAUAUUAUGUGGAAAAUGGCAGGUUAAUAAGUGACAGAAUAGCAAGAUAUUAUUAUUACUGGCACCUGAGAAAACAAGUUCUUCAUUCCCAGUGUAUGCUUCAAGAAGAGGCCUACUUCUUGCUGGCUGCUUUUGCAUUGCAGGCUGAUCUUGGAAACUUCAAAAGGAAUAAACACUAUGGGAAAUAUUUUGAGCCAGAGGCUUAUUUCCCAUCAUGGGUUAUUACAAAGAGAGGGAAGGAUUACAUCCUAAAACACAUUCCAAACAUGCACAAAGAUCAGUUUGCACUGACUGCCUCUGAGGCACAUCUUAAAUAUAUUAAAGAAGCCAUCCGCCUAGAUGACAUUGCUGUUCAUUACUACAGAUUGUAUAAGGAUAAAAGGGAAAUUGAAGCUUCAUUAAUUCUUGGGUUGACCACACGAGGAAUACAGAUAUUUCAGAAUAUCGGUGAGGAAAAACAGUUACUUUAUGACUUCCCUUGGACAAAUGUUGGAAAACUGGUAUUUGUGGGUAAGAAAUUUGAGAUUUUGCCAGAUGGAUUGCCAUCAGCCAGGAAGCUCAUAUACUAUACUGGAUGCCCCAUGCGUUCCAGACACCUCUUAGAGUUACUCAGCAAUAGUCAUCGUCUCUACAUGAACUUGCAACCAGUUCUCCGUCAUAUUAGGAAGCUUGAAGAGAAUGAAGAAAAGAAACAGUAUAGAGAAUCAUACAUCAGUGACAAUCUGGACCUCGACAUGGAUCACUUAGAGAAAAGAUCCCAGGCAAGUGGGAGCAGUACAGGCAGCAUGAAGCACAAGCACUUCUCUCGCCAUUCCACCACCAGCCACAGCAGCUCCCAAACAUCAGGCAUUGAGACUGACACCAAAAUAAGGGACACAGGACCAGAAGACAGUUUCUUAGGCAGCACCGUCUACCACAGACUCAAAACCUUCAGCUCCAUGACCAGCUACGACAGCUCCCACACCUCUGGGGUGGAAAGUGGUGGGAAGGACAGGCUGGAAGACAACUCACAGAAUGAUGAAAUAGAAAUGCUGGUUGAUGACCCCAGAGACCUAGAGCAAAUAAAUGAAGAGGCUGUAGAGGUCAGCCCAGACAUGUGUAUCUAUAUCACUGAGGACAUGCUGAUGUCACAGAAGCUUAAUGGCUAUUCAGGACUAAUUGUAAAGGAAAUCAGUUCUUCCACAUCUAGCUCUUCGGAAACAGUGGUCAAACUACAUGACCAAAGCACUGAUUCUCUCCCACAGGCUAUUUGUCGAAAACCAAAGACUUCCACUGAUCGACAUAGCUUGAGUCUGGAUGAUAUCAGACUUUACCAAAAAGACUUCUUACAGAUAGCAGGUCUGUGUCAAGACACCGCUCAGAGUUACACUUUUGGAUGUGGUCAUGAACUAGAUGAAGAAGGCCUCUAUUGUAAUAGCUGCUUGGCCCAGCAGUGUAUUAACAUCCAAGAUACUUUCCCAGUCAAAAGAACAAGCAAAUAUUUCUCUUUGGAUCUCACCCAUGAUGAAAUACCAGAAUUUGUGGUUUAAAACAACAUGAGUACAGCAGGAAUGCUGCUUCAGGAGAGAGAUUAUCCAAAUUGAUUUCUCUUGUUUUAAGUGUUUCUUUUACCGUAUUUCUCCUGCUUACUCUUGCAUACAUUCCCUCCCUCCUCCCACUCUCUCCCAGUAUAUAUAGUUUUCUUCCUAAUGAAUAAUGCAUAUCAAAUCUUUGUGAAGAUUGCACUUUAAGCACUGUCCACUGAGCAGUUCAUGGCAGCAACAAAAUUGUGCGGGAUGACGUAAGUCCUCUCAGCUAGAAAGAAAUUCUGUUUCAACUUUACUUAUAAAACAUUAGCAUUUUUUUCCAGUUUGUUCCCAUAAACACAAUACAGUUGUCUUGUUAAGAUACCUUUGGCUUUGGGGCAGCUAGGUGGCACAGUAGAUAGAGCACUGGCCCUGGAUUCAGAAGGACCUGAGUUCAAAUCUGGCCUCAGACACUUGACACUUACUAGCUGUGUGACCCUGGGCAAGUAACUUAACCGCCAUUGCAUAAACAUUGCCAUUCUGUUGUGGCUUAUGCCUUCUUAAUAUAGGUACUAGAGAAAGGAGUGGUUCUAGCAAGCCAAAGAUCUUAAGUAUUAUAGAUAUUUGCAUCCAAAAGACACAAAUUAAUUAAUAUAUAGUGGCCUUCUAUAUAUGUAGUUAUGUCUUGUAAAACAAAUUGCAGUAGACAGACUUCUAUUCAGUAACAUAUAAUUAUAGCUCUCCCAGAAUAUUCCAGAACUGAUUUAAAAACUUACCCAAAAAAUAAGCUUUUUGCUCAAAUUUUAACAUGUUUUAUGAUGUUAACAAAUCAAAUUUCUGUUUAAAAUAGGAAAAAAAUUCUAAAAUAUAUGUUUAUUAUUUGUUAAAUGAAUGGCAGGUCAUUCUGAUGCCAUGAUGUUUGUUCAGAUUUUUUAAAGAUAUGCUUAUGUUAUACAUUUACAAAUAUAUAGGCUUGUAUGUAUUUAUGUGUAUGGAGCUUACAGAUUUUUUUUCACUUAGCAUAUGAUCAGUGUCUGCUUUUUUUUUUUGUAAUUCUACUUAGAAACUAAGUUUUCUAAGCUCUAACAUAGGCAGCUUGAGAUGAUGAGGUUGCAUAAGCACAAUCUUUCUGUUGUUCCUUUUGGAUUGGGAAAGCUAAUUUCAUGUAUUUUUGAAAGGUCUUACUAUGGAGAAGACCUGUAAUGGGGAGAAUUCUCCACAUUAGCUUAGAGCAAAUUUCACAACUAACCAGUGAGCUAUUAUCAUAAUAAAGCAAAAACAAGUCAGUACACUUGUGAAUUUGCCUCUUUGGAGUAAGGUCAAUGGCAGAGACCUUCAUAGCACAAUACCUUUUUAUUGAAAUAUUUUAAAAUCAAUAUCUUAAUAUUAUGCAGCUCUGUUUUACCAUAUUUUGAUAUGCCAUUUUUUCUCUCUGGCAUGUUUUCUUUAAAAAAUACAUUUAUCUAUAUUCAAAUAUAUAAUUUUAUAUAGAAGCGUGAUAUUUUUCUAUAAAUGAUGUUGUAAGAUAAAAAAUAGAGUGGGAGUACAGCAAAAUUCUUUUGAUAUGACCCUGGCUUGGCAAGCAGUAUUACAGAAGUACUCCAGCAUUGUUCCAGCAUUUGUAAGUACACCCUCAUUGUUGUACCUCAUGUAUUUGUGAUCCUUGAGGAUUUGCAAGCACAUGUGGUUAAUUUAUAUAUAGCUUGCAUACUUGUCAAAUUAUUUUAAUUGACCAUGACAGCUUAAAAGCAGAAAAUGUUCUGUAUACAUGAAAAUAUUUGCUCUUAUUCAGAUGCAGUAACUAACCAAAGUUUCAGGUAUCCAGAUUUGCAAAAGUAUUUGAUCUUCUGUUCUCAAGUGGCAGUGUGCAAUAUGAAAACAUUAGCUAAUAUCUGUUUUUCAUAUGUCAUUAAACAACUUAUUUUUUCCAUAAAGAAGGCUUAUGAAAUAAACACAUGACAAAGCUAAAGUUCUAAAGGACAGUAUAUGGCAAAAUCCAUUAACACUUGAUAUUUAUUCAGACAUGUAAGAAAAAUAUAGCUAGUUAUAAAAAGAGUAGCUUGUGCUUUGCAUUCUCUAACCUUUGGUUAGAAUCAAGUAUUUAAGUAUGUUCCAAAUCUCAUUGUUUAUUUGGCUCAACUUCUUUCCAAUUGACUUUAUAAGUGGUUUUCUUAUGCUUAUGUUAAUCAUGACAAAGAAAAACUUUUUCUUUUCAUUUCUCUAGUUGUUGUCAAACACCACUGUUGCAAGGAAAAAUGGCAUAUGGAAAACUCAACUUGAAUAUUCUAUAUUUUUUGCAUCUGAAAAUUGUGGUUUAAAAAGUAUUAAACUAUUAUUUAUACUGCACCUGAUUUUUUUAAACUUAUAAUUGGUCAGUAUACAGAUUUGACAUAUAUUGUCUUUUUAUAUGGAGAACAUAUGUUGGCAACAAUGAACUUUAUGCCUAAUCAAUUUGCAAAUAACCCUUUCUGUGAAAGGAUCAUCAUACCAAGAUGAUAACAUAAUUGAAUUAUUUUGUAACAAAGUUUGU